AUAGUCACGUGGUUCCGAGUCGAACAGGUCCCGGGUUCCAGCAGAACCUCCUGGUCCAUUUGGCUCCUGAUUUGAGGAGCUUCACAGUGCGGUUCGGUUCCGGUCCGGUCCGACAACGGAACCAACAGCGUCUCAGGUGGACUGACAGAUGGAGAACCGAGCGUCUGGACCCGAACUGGUUCUGGUCUUCAGCGGAAAGCGGAAGUCCGGGAAAGAUUUCAUAACGGACUUGAUCCAGGAUCGUCUCGGCCCGGAGGUUUGCGCCGUGCUGCGUCUGUCCGGCCCGCUAAAGCAGCAGUUUGCUCAGGAGCGCGGCCUGGACCUGGACCUGCUGCUGGGUUCAGGACCGUACAAGGAGCGGUACCGGGCUGAUAUGAUCCGCUGGGGGGAGGACCGCCGGAACCAGGACCCGGGCUUCUUCUGUCGUCUGGCAACCAGAGGAGCCCAGCAACCUGUGUGGGUGGUGAGCGAUGCCAGGCGGGAGUCGGACCUGCAGUGGUUCCGCUCCGAGUUUCCCCGUCAGACCCGCAGCGUCAGAGUCCAGUGCUCGGAUGAGACCCGGAGGCAGAGAGGCUGGAGCUUCACGCCAGGUGUGGACGAUGCAGAGUCGGAGUGCGGGCUGGACCGCGGCAUGGAGUUCGAUUGGAUCAUCAGGAACGAGGCCGACGCCCCCGCCCUGGACCAGCAGCUGCAGCCCAUCCUGAGGACGGCGCGGGAAGUGGCGGCGCUCCGACAUCAUCAAUAAAGUUAUUAUUGAUUAGCUUCAAUUGUAAUAAUAGUUAUUUAGAAAGAAAUGAUUUAACCUGAUGACAUCACAGAUCGCUACUGAGCAUGUGCAGAAUGGGUAGGGUAACCCUAACCCUUUACCUGCGGGCAGUGCGACCUGCUGAAGCACCCGGCAUCAGAGCUGCAUUCUGAUUGGCUGAGAGGGAUCAGCAGGUGUUUCAGGAAGCUGAACGAAAAACUCGUGUGCCACCGGGGGGCGCUGGAGGCUAAGUCUGUGGAGGAGAGCCUUGUAGGGUUCAGCAGGAAGAACUGAAGGUUCUGAUUGGAUCAGAACCGGACUGUCUGCUUCAUACCAUCAGCAGGAACGACGAAGAAUGAAAAUAUUUUAAUUUGAAUAAAUGAAGUCAUGAUUUUUCUGGAUCCUUUUAGAAAUAAACCGUUUAAAAUUUAAA